UUACUUUGUACUGCGGGCACAUCACAGCGAAUGUAACUUCAAAAUGGCUGCGUCGAAGAUAGCAAAAAUUGCCGAAAAUGCUGUGACAAAAAGCAUCUCUGUGUCUACUAAAAUCGGAAUGAAAGGACUUGAGCUGGGAAAAAGAUCUCGCCCUCAUCUUUCCACAUUUUGGAGCACAGCCAAGGUCGAAUUGGCUCCACCAAUGCCGUCUCAGUUUCCACUCAUUCAAAAAAGCUUUGUGAAUGUGAAAAAUAGUCUGGUAAAAGGGAAGUUCCUGAAUUUGACUAUGAAAGAAGCUGCAUCAAAUACUCUUGUUGGAGUUGAAAUAUUUUUCUGGUUCAUUGUUGGAGAAAUGAUUGGAAGACGCAGCAUCAUUGGCUACAAAGUCUGAUGGACAAGAACAUUAGACAGUAUGCACUGUUUUCACAUUACUUUGAGCAUAUUAAGUUGUUUUUUUAAAUAAACAAUAAUAAAAAGUGUUGAAAUUGUUAAGUGUUAAAAA